ACAACCAGGCGCCGGAUCAAGUGCAUGUAUAAAUACACAAUAGACGACACGUUACAUACAGAAAACCCGAGGAAUCUAUUUGACACAUGUUGACCAACGUGUUUAGUUUUUAAUGCGAAGAUGACUUUGCUUUGCGUCGCUGUCUACGCAUGCGCACAAGAACAGCAGUUUUGCUGGUGGUGCAACAGAAAUUGUUGACCGGUUGGAUGGACGUCUUGUGGUUACAGUCGAACAUUUAAAGACAUCUGCAACAAUACACAGUAAUGGACCAACAAUGGCGACAGAAAAUAGCAAAGGCGUUGGACUACGUUCCCUCAACGAAGCAUAGGUUAAAGGGAAAGAAAGGAGUUGUUCAACUUGAUUCAAGGCAUCACUACAUCUUUGAGAGAAUUGCACAAGUCAUUGAUUUGGACCCUGCUAGUGUAGAGCGGAUUAUCAUAGAAGAAGACAAGGAGAACGAUAUGAAUUUAUUUUUUAAAGCACAUGGAAGUCGGACGCUCGUUUUUUCCUUCCAAUAUCCACAUGAAAUUAAAGCAUUCAGGGAAUUUAGUGGUGCUCAAAGACCUUCACUUGGAACAAUAAAGUCAAGCCUGAUGGAUGGAAGUACAGUAGAGGAUAAAGGACUUAUCCUUGCUUUUUUACGACUGCCAUCUAAUGAUGCUGUAGAAAUUACUGACAUGGAUAUAUCAAAGAAAGUGUUCUUGACAGUAGUGGAUGCUAAGGAAGGCCAUUUACACAUUGCAAAGAAUCUGCUUUGUGAUAUCUUUCUACCAAUGAUGAAAAAUAUGAAUCUUGGAUGGGGAUACCUGGCAGGGCCUCAGAAUAAAUCUGUACAAGCUUCAUUUUUAUACAGAUUGGAAAAAUUCUCAAGUUCACUUCAAGUUACUAAGGAGUGUUUGGAAGAAAAAGAAACCUUGUCGCAGUGCAAUGUUGAUGAUAUUCUUCAAGUCAAAUCACCUUCAGAUAUAUUUAAAGUAGCAGCAUCUGUGGAGACUGUGAAAAAGUUAGAGGCUUGCGUGAGGGGAUGGAUAAAACAUAUUGAACUUGUAAUAGUGAUAGCUGAACAGAUUCGCAGUGAGCCUAACAAUACAGGACUCCAUCGUGAGGUGAUUUACUGGAAAAAGCGCAUGGCAAAGUUUUGCUCCCUUACUGAACAGCUGAAAACUCCACAAGUGCGACAUGUGCUUUGCAUUCUCCAUGCAGCAAAAUCCAGGCUUGUUGAGGUUUGGAGAAAGCUUGAUGGAAAGAUCACAGACAUAGCUAAUGAAGCAAAAGACAACGUAAAGUAUCUGUAUACUGUUGAAAAGUACUGUGAGCAUCUUUACAGUCCCAGUCCAACAAAGAUUCAGCAAAGCAUUCCUGGAUUGAUACAGUCUCUGCGGAUGAUAUUUAAUGUCUCUAGGUACUAUAACACAUCAGAGAGAAUGAACUCACUCUUUUUCAAGGUCACAAAUCAGAUGGUCGCCUCAUGCAGACGCUUCCUCACAAAUGAAAAUGAAGAGGGUUUCUGGUCAUUGCCGGUGGAGGAGAGGAAGGCAAAAAUAAAGGAAUGCUUAGAGCUGAAUGAAAGUUACAAGAGACAAUACCAGAAUGUGAAAAUAGCUCAAGAAAGCUCUCCACAUGAGCGAAAAUUUAACUUUUCAGAGUCAUACAUUUUUUCAAAUUUUGACAACUUUGUACGCCGUCUUCAACAGCUGUUGCAAUUGUUAGAUACUAUCGAAAGGUUCUCUCACCUAGAUGACAUCAAAAUUGAAGGUAUUGAGGUGAUUGCUGCAAAAGUCACAAAGGUAUUAAUGUCCAUGAAAGUAAAGUCCUAUGACUUCUUAGAUGUAAAGGCAACAGACUUUGAAGUGGACUUUAAAAAGUUCAAGCAGAAAAUGGAUUUAUUUCACAAAGAGGUGGUGGACUUUAUAUAUUCAAAAUGCUCAAGUGUCAAGAACACCAAACAAGGUUUGGACAUCUUGAAGAAGUUUGGCUGGCUUGAAACUGCCUGAUUUGCCUCUUAAUGAACAGUAUAUAUCCCUUUUGACUCUAUAUGGUAGAGACCUUGUUCGGGUUGCAUCCAUUUUCAAUAAUAUGAAGGCUGAUCCUCCUGUAGAGCGUAACCUGCCACCAGUUGCUGGCCACAUUUCAUGGGU